CCCACACACGCGCGCCAUUUUGUUUGUAAAUUCAAAACGAAAACAAGUUGAUUUCACUUUCACUUUCCCUCUCAAUUUAAUGCCAUUCAUAUGACACAUCACACUCCACACACUCAUUCCAUUUCUCUCAUUCGUUCGUUUUCACUGCAUCGGUAAGGUAAGGAAUGGCGGGAAAAGGAGGAAAGGGGCUUCUGGCUGCCAAAACCACCAAGGACAAAGCCAAGGAAAGCGAUAAGAAGAGGCCUGUUUCUCGCUCAUCCCGUGCUGGGAUUCAGUUUCCAGUGGGUAGAAUCCACAGGCAACUGAAGCAAAGGGCACAUGCACAUGGCCGUGUUGGGGGUACUGCUGCUGUUUACUUGGCCUCCAUUCUGGAAUAUCUGACUGCUGAGGUGCUGGAGCUGGCUGGGAAUGCAAGCAAGGAUCUGAAGGUGAAGAGGAUCACACCGCGUCACUUGCAGCUCGCUAUCAGGGGAGAUGAAGAGCUUGACACCCUCAUCAAAGGAACCAUUGCUGGUGGUGGUGUCAUCCCUCACAUUCACAAGUCCUUGAUCAACAAAACCUCCAAAGAGUGAAUGGAUUCUUAACUUGUUUCUGGUUUUAUUAUGUUGCCUGGUUAUCUCAGUGGCCCCUAGUGUAGUUUUGGCCAGUCUAAUUUACUGUUUCUUUACAAUUCAGGUGUUAGAAUGUAAAUGCUCAUUCUUAAUUAUGUGAUUGCUUAACUAGUUUGACUUGGCUCUCAUACUCCUAUUCUGGGAUUGUAAUGCUGUUGGAUCCUUGACAGUGCUUUGUUUUUAGCUUCAAUAUGCAAAUUAGUCGUUAUUUGUAUUA